ACUAUAAACAUAGUCUAUCUGAAGAAACUAGCCUGGACUCUUCUCGAUCAAAAGAAAAUCUUGGAGUCGUCAUCGUUGUUCUUCUGUCCUUCCUUCUAGGGUUACACGAGUUCUUUCUUGCUUCCAGUUAAAUUAUGAGUCAUCAUCCUGAAGUGAAGUGGGCAGAGAGAGCCGAUAAGGUAUUCCUCACGGUGCUAUUGCCUGAUGCUAAGGAUGCAGAUGUUAAACUCGAUCCAGAGGGAGUCUUUAAUUUCUCUGCCAAAGCUGGACCAGAAAACCAGCUUUAUGAGCUUAAGCUUGAACUUAAUGAUAAGGUCAAUGUAGAGGAAAGCAAAAUCAAUAUUGGAUUAAGAAGCAUAUUCUGCAUAUUGGAGAAAGCAGAACCAAAAUGGUGGAAUAAGCUAUUGCGUGGAGGCAAACCGCCUCACUAUGUUAAAGUUGACUGGGACAAGUGGGUAGAUGAGGACGAAGAUACCGGCACUGGUCCUGGAGAUAUGGAUAUGGGCGGAAUGGGCGGAAUGGGUGGAAUGGAUUUCUCGAACUUUGGCGGUAUGGGAGGCAUGGGAGGUCUCGAAGGGCUUGGUGGUAUGGGUGGUAUGGGAGGUCUCGAAGGCCUUGGUGGUAUGGGUGGAAUGGGCGGAAUGGGUGGUAUGGAAGAAUUUGAAGAUAGUGACGAUGAAGGAGAAGAAGCCAAGUCUGGAGAGAAAAAGGUGGAAGCUCCUGCCGCUGCAACAGGGGAGGCAAAAACCGAAGAGCAAACAGCCGUCAAGAGUGACAAAUGAAGCUCAAACCGUAUGGUAUGAGACUAACCGAGACGAGUCUUUAUUAUGAAUACCCGCGGAAUGGUUUGCUCUUUUGUAAUCUUUCCCUCUGCUUAGUUUUGCUUCUUGGAUUGUUGAAUUCCCGGUUCGGUCCUUAUAUGGUUUGAUCCCUUUUAUCGAUUUGAAUUGUUGUUGUUCUUGAACUUGCAAUAUUUUUGUUGGCUGUAGUGACUUCGAGUUUGUGAGAAGAAGCUCUUUAUAAGUUUGUUGAUCUCCACAA